AUGCCGGCCACUGGAGACCUCAUCGACUUCGAGGUGAUCGAGGGCCACAAGGAAAACAUCCAGUCCUUGCCCGGCGGUCGCUCGGCCAAGAAGCUCGCCGACCUCUACUCGCCAUCGCCCCUUCACAAGCUGUCCACGCCGACGCCGUCAGACACAAAGAACGUCAACGACUGCAUCCGCGCAGAAUACGAGGCCGAGGUGCAGAACAUCUCAGAAUCGGACGACCCCCUCGAUGUGUUUGACCGGUACGUCCGAUGGACGCUAGACGCGUACCCGUCGGCGCAGGCAACACCGCAGUCGCAGCUUCACACUCUUCUCGAGCGAGCGACGAAGACAUUCAUCAGCUCAGCCCAGUACAAGAACGACCCGCGCUAUCUGAAGCUCUGGGUCUACUACAUCCAGUUCUUCUCAGAUGCGCCACGCGAGACGUACAUGUUUCUAUCUCGCCACGGCAUCGGAGAGGGCCUCGCGCUAUUCUACGAAGAGUACUCUGCGUGGCUCGAGGGCGCCGGGCGGUGGGCGCAGGCCGGCGAGGUGUACAAAUUGGGCAUCGAGCGCGAGGCCCGGCCCGUCCAGCGGCUGCUGCGCAAGUUCAAGGAGUUUGAGGAGAGGCUUGCUCAGCAGCCCGAAGGAGCGGACGAGCCAGCGUCGCCCGCGCUCCCCACCAUGCGGCCGGCGCUGGCGGCCAAGAUGGACCCCUUCGGUGCGGCUUCGCGGCCUGUCGACCCUCAAGCCCCACGGCAAACGAACGGCAUCGGCGGGCCCGGCCCCUCGGCGAGACCGGCCAAGUCGAAGCUCGCCAUCUUCUCUGACGCCGACGCGAAGCCGGCCCCCUUGUCGUCGAGAAGCGAAGGUUCGAAAGGGUGGGACACCAUCGACUCCUUGGCCGACCGCAAGAAAGAAAACACGAUGGAGCCGAAGCCAUGGGUUGGAGAGACGCUCAAGGCAGGAGGGAAGAGGGACGCGGCCGCGGCAAAGAUGGCCGUGUUCAGGGAUCCGUCUCUGUCUCAAAUAAACAACAUCGUCGUUGUUCCUUCCAAGAACCAAGUGACGGUGCACCCGCAGACGGGCAAGAAGGAGUGCAUCUUUGUUGACCUUGCAGCCAUAUACCCGACUCCGGAAGAGCAAGGGACAGAAUUGAGCUUCGAGGAGAUUGUCGCCGCGAACAGGGGCUGGCUCGGCCACACCUGGGAUGAGGAGACCGUGGACGAUAGCAUCGUCCCAGAGCCUAGCCAUCAGCUGGAUGAGAUUGAGGAAAUCAGCAACGGCAUGGCCGAUAAGCUUGUCGUCCGCCAAGACGGUCCCGUUUACGACGAAAACGGAGCAGUCAUGCAACCGCCGCCUCGCGAGCCUCGGGCCGGAAAGAAGAAGAAGGUUAUGGAGGUGAACGAGACGCAGAUCAUCAAAGCAAAGCUCGACUCCCCCUCGGGGCCUAAGCUGCGUAAGAAGCAAACCUCGGAGCCGACAAUGACCCUUCACACAAAGGCGGCCACGGACGACAUAUAUGACAUCUUCAAUGCGCCUCUCAAGCCGGCCGGUCAUGAAGAGGAAAGCGCCGAUGAAGAUGACUACGAAACGGAUGGAGACUACACAACCGACGCCGAGAGCACAGGCACCACGAGACACAUUGACAAUGCUGACGACGAGGCGUCUGAUGCCAAGAGCGUGAGCGAAUGGUCCGAGUUCUCAACGCGUAAACAUAUUCCCGACAUUGGCGCCAACGACAAUGAGGACGACGAGGGAGAGGAUCACACGCAUGUCUCCAGACUCAAUGAAGAUGGCGAGCCGGAGGAGGACUUUGACCAUGCGGACCCCGUCACUCCCCCAGAGGGCGCCGACGCCGAGACGCCAGACGACGACGAAGCCUCACCCCCUAGGACCCGUACCAUCUUCGUACCCGUGCCGCCAGAAGAUUACGACCCUCCGACUCGUCCGUAUAGGGACCCGGCCGAGGCGGCGAAUAAUCGACUGCCGUUCAUGACUCCAAUCACCGAGAGGACCGAGGUGUCUCUGGACGUGAUGGCCGACGACGACUCGCGCUUGAAGACGCCGUGCAGGAGGGACGAUGCUUCGCCCGCUAUGCGCGAGCCCCUGGACCUGGAACCUCUCAGUAGUCCCUUGCGAGACGCUGAAUUCGAUGAGCCCCCUAUCCCCAAGAUCCCAGAGUCUCUAAAGCCGAAGAUCGCUGCUCCGCCCUUCAAAGCCUCGACCAAGCCGCUCGCGCCGAAGGGCCCAAUCAUCAAAGAGCAGCAGUGCAACCCUGUCGACGAGAUAAUCCGCCUGGAGAUCUUGAACAAGGUCCAGCCACCGCUCACCUCAUACGCCGGUUUCCACGAUCACCAGGAAGAGAAAUACGAGCAUGGAGGCGAGAUCCGUAAGUUUGCCAAAGCCUUGACAAAGGCUAGCAGAAGCAGCGCGGAUAGGACAACCCCAGUCCCAGAGCCCGUCGUCAUCGACUUGCCGGGCACGAGGAGCGUGUACACGGUGAGGCGGGAGUUGGGAGCAGGGGCAUUUGCACCGGUGUAUCUGGUGGAGAACUCGGCGCCCAACGAGCAGGAGAACGACGAGAAUGCCGUCGCAGCCAUGGGCAAGGGCGCGUUUGCUGUGAACCAUCGCGGCGAGCUGGAGGCUCUAAAGAUGGAGGCGCCCCCCUCCGCCUGGGAGUUCCACAUGAUGCGUGUGGCACAUACUCGCCUUGGCCCGCAGCAUCGAGCCAGCGCCAGUCUCUCCUAUGCGCACGAGAUGCAUCUAUACCGCGAUGAAGCCUUCCUCUUCCUGCCUUACCACCCAGACGGAACCCUAUUGGACGUGGUCAAUCUCUUCCGUGCAGAGCCCUCGGGCGUCAUGGAGGAGCAGCUGGUCAUGUUCUUCACCAUCGAGCUCCUUAGGACCGUGGAGUCGCUGCAUGCCAAGGGCGUCUUGCACGGCGACCUGAAGCCUGACAACUGCCUCCUGCGGCUAGACUCGGCGUCUACCGACCACACCCUGGCCACGCAGUGGAAGGCCGACGGCAGCGGCGGCUGGUCGUCGAGGGGCAUCGUUCUGAUCGACUUUGGCCGAAGCAUCGACAUGAAGGCGUUCGUCCCCGACGUCGAGUUCAUCGCCGACUGGAAGACGUCGUCCCAGGACUGCGCCGAGAUGCGCGAGGGCCGCCCCUGGACCUGGCAGAUCGAUUACCACGGCCUCGCGGGCACCGUCCACUGCCUCCUCUUCGGCAAGUACAUCGAGACGGCGCGCUGCGACCAGGGCGGCCUGGGCAAGACAGGCCGCAAGUACAGGAUCCGUGAGAGCCUCAAGCGCUACUGGCAGACGGACCUCUGGGGCGACUGCUUCGACGUGCUCCUCAACCCGGGGUCGCACCUCGAGGCCGAGGAGGCGGGCAAGAUGCCCGUGCUGCGGUCCAUGAGGGCCGUCCGCGAGCGCAUGGAGGCGUGGCUCGAGGCCAACUGCGAGAGGGGCGUGGGCCUGCGCUCGCUCGUGGGCAGACUUGAGGCGAAUGCGAGGAGCCGCAAGUGA